AUGGAUUUAGAUUGUUCAGACUGCAGUACUACAUCAACGAUUAUUAGUUUGGAAUCUGAAAGAGAGUUAACAUUUGAUGAUGAAAUUGAAUUUGAUAUAAGUACAAAUACUCCACAGCCACAAACUCCUUUUGAAUUCAUGGAAAAUUCUUUCAUAAAUGAAGAUACUACAAUACAAGAGGAUGAAGUUAAUAAAUUAUUGAAAAUAAUGAAAAAAUAUUUUGAUGAGAACUUACCGGAAGAUGUCCAGACUUUGGUACGUAUAAUAGAGAAUUGUGAGCCUGACAUUGUGAUAGGUCAAGAUAUUCAUAAUGGUACUCAAGCUACUACCUCUGCCAUUGAGCAUAAGCUGCAAUCGUUAGUGAUUUCAGAUAAAGACGAGCGAAACCAAGUCAUUAUAUUUCCGUUGAAGAAUAUGAAAGAAAUAAAUGAAUUGGAAGAAAAUUUAAAAGAGGAAAACUUCGCAUCAGGCUUGAUGCAUGAGCUGGCCCCUGAAAACCAAUAUAAUGAAAGGGCGACAAUUCGCGCACUAAUAUAUAUUUCUAAUGUCGUCCAACCUGAACGAAGUAGAAGUGUCAUGGUUCAAGAAGAAACUUCUUCAUUUUCGAAUCGUACUUCGACCUUCAACCAUAUCGUAAUACCGAAGAGGACUUGCGUUAACUAUACUACAAAUUUCAACUUAAAUAGGCAUAAAGUGAUUCAUGGUAAUGAAUUACCCUUUAAAUGCAAUCUUUGCAAUAAAACAUUUUCGCAGAAAGUGACAUUACAGAAUCACCAAAAGGUGCAUGGUACACAACAACGUACAUUUGAAUGUAAUAUAUGCAAUAGCAAAUUUACAACGAACUUUAAUUUAAUUAGGCAUAAAAUAAUUCACCGUGAAGAACUACCAUUCAAAUGUAAUAAACGCCAUAAAAAAUUUUCGCAGAAAAUCGUUUUAAAACGACACGAAAAGGUCCAUAGCAAAGAUCGUCCUUUUGAAUGCGAUAUUUGCUAUGAAUCUUUCAGAAGUUCGUUUUUUUUAAAACGACAUAAAAAAACUCAUGCUGCAGAUAUGCCUUUCAAAUGCAGUAUAUGCAAUGAAAGGUUUUUUAGUAAAAUCACAAUGUUAGAACAUCGAAGAACACAUGCCGUUGAUCGUUCGUUUAAAUGUAAAACAUGCAACAAAGCAUUUACAAGUAAGUUCAACCUAAAACGGCAUGCAAGAAUACAUACAGGGGAGCGUCCAUUCGAAUGCGAAUUAUGCAAUAAGAAGUUCAAACAAAAGGUGACUUUCUUAAAGCAUAAAAAUGUUCAUUCGAAUGGCAACCGCGAACAACCUGUAAAGAUUCAUAAUGACGAGAAACGGUUCAGAUGUGAAACAUGUGAUAGAUGGUUUAGGCAAAAGAUCGCCCUAAAAGAACAUGAAAAGGUCCAUACAAAUGAACGGCCUCAUCGUUGCAAUACUUGCAACAAGGCCUUCAAGAAAAAAUGGAACCUUACGCAGCAUGAAAGGAUACACAUGGACGAGAAACCCUUCAAGUGCGAAACAUGUAAUAAACAGUGUACGCAAAAAAAGACACUGAAGCAGCACCGAAGAGUGCAUCUCUGA